UUAAAUCACAAACACGAGUCGUACCUGUUAGUUGCAGUUUAAACAAGCAAUCUCUCUUUAAAGAAGCGACGUGCACUGCCCAACUACUAUCCAUUCUGAGACAGACAUACCUGCAUACAUUUCAAAACAUUGAUUGGCGGAGAAUCUCUCUCUAUCAUCAAACUUGACGGACCAGGCAUUUGGAAGAGGAAGGAGGAGCAGCAAAAGCAGCUGCACAUUUGGCCCAACAGAACAAUGCAAUCUCAUCACAUUACGCUUGAUUCUUCUUCUUCUGCUGCUGGUACUGAUGGACUGGAAGUGAAAGGUAACGGGAUGAGGGCGAGGAACUCGACCUUACUUUGUGUUCCGAUAAUGGCAGAGACUGUCGAUCAGAUGGUGAUCGAUAUGGGCGAGGCAAAAGCCGUUGGUGCUGACCUUGUGGAGAUUCGAUUGGAUUGUUUGAAGGUUUUCAAUCACAAUCAAGAUCUCAAGCGUCUAGUGAAAGAGUGCCCUUUGCCGACACUUUUCAGUUAUAGGCCAAUAUGGGAAGGUGGCCAGUACGAUGGUGAUGAAAAAACUCGACUGGAUGCACUUCGAUUAGCGAUGGAGCUUGGAGCUGAUUACAUUGAUGUCGAGCUUCAGGUUGCUCGUGAAUUCAUCGACUCUAUAAAUGGAAAGAGGCCAGAAACUUUAAAAGUCAUUGUUUCUUCUCACAACUUUCAAGAUACCCCAUCUGUGGAGGCUCUUGGCAAUCUUGUAGCAAGAAUACAAGCUACUGGAUCUGACAUAGUGAAGAUUGCAACCACUUCCCUGGAUAUAACAGAUGUAGCACGCACUUUUCAAAUAACCGUUCAUUCUCAAGUUCCGUUUAUAGGACUUGUACUGGGCGAGAGGGGUUUGAUUUCACGGAUACUUUCUGCAAAAUUUGGCGGUUAUCUUACUUAUGGUAGGUUGGAGUCUGGAAUAAUUUCUGCUCCUACUCAACCUACAGUCAAGGAUCUAUUACAUUUAUACAAUUUCAGACAGAUAGGGCCCGACACAAAAGUGUUUGGAGUCAUCAGCAAGCCUGUCAGUCACAGCAAAUCACCAAAGUUGUACAAUGAAGUAUUCAAUUCAGUCGGUUUCAACGGUGUUUAUGCACAUUUGUUGGUAGAUGAUAUUGCAAAAUUUUUCCAGACAUACUCAUGCAUGGAUUUUGCUGGAUUCAGCGUUGGUAUUCCUCAUAAGGAAGCUGCAGUUAAGUGCUGUGAUGAGGUUGAUCCAGUUGCAAAGUCAAUCGGAGCUAUUAACUGCAUUAUAAGGAGACCAACUGACGGGAAGCUAUAUGGAUUCAAUACGGACUAUGUUGGUGCAAUUUCUGCUAUUGAGGAAGGUCUGAAAGGUUCGCCUAAUGCUGGCAGUGUAACUGGUUCCCCUUUAGCUGGUAGGCUGUUUGUUGUCAUCGGUGCUGGUGGUGCAAGCAAGGCACUUGCCUAUGGUGCAAAGCAGAAGGGAGCAAGGAUUCUAAUUGCCAAUCGCACAUAUGAUCGAGCCAGAGAACUUGCAGACACCGUAGGUGGUGACGCGGUAUCUCUUGCUGAUCUAUGCAAUAUCCCUCCAGAGGAUGGCAUGAUUCUUGCAAACACAACAUCGAUUGGAAUGCAACCGAACGUUGGUGACACACCCCUUUCCAAGCAUGCUCUGAAAUAUUAUUCAUUGGUUUUCGACGCCAUUUACACCCCAAAAAUGACGAGACUGUUGAGGGAAGCAGAAGAAUGUGGUGUCACAAUUGUGAGUGGGUUGGAGAUGUUCAUAGGACAGGCAUAUGAACAGUUUGAGAAGUUCACUGGAUUGCCAGCUCCAAAGGAACUAUUUAGAAAAGUCAUGGAAAAUCACUCCUGAGAAAAACUCCAAACCCUAGCCUUAGUCAUCAAACUCAGUUCUUUGAGCAGUGGUUGUUGUUCAGAGUUAAGGUGGUGACUUUUGUUUUUCAUUUGGGUUAUACGCAUGACAAAGACUACGAGGAGGACGCUUGGCGUUUGUUGGAGGUAACUCAAGAGUAGUGCUUUUAUACUGAGAGUUGCAAAAUCAUCAAAGGGUGUGCGGUCUUUUCUUCAUAAUUUUUUUUUUUUUUUGGUUGUGGUUCUACUACUUCCAUGGUUCAGUCCUCGCGAGUGUUGCGAGGUUAGAUGUGGGUUCCCCACUGUUGAGGAAUUGUAUCGUGUUGUUGGUGCUUUUGUACUUGUGAUAUUGUGGUGUUCAUAUUGGCACGUGUGGCCUCUUGGUUGUGUUUGACGUGCAUAUCCUAUAUACAUUCAUGAUUGUUUCUUAAUAAAUAUUUAAGUUGUGCGCA